CCCCAACUCACCCGUGCACCCGGAUAAAAUGACCGCCUAACUUCGCGGCUGCUCUGCGGGACGUUGCUGCGCUCUGCGCUCACCCACAAAGUGCAGCGGUAACUGCGCUUUACGGUGAACCCCCGUGAAACGCUUCUCGACGUCCUCCCCGAUGCGGAAAGCGCUGUGUCGGAACCGAGGAAUGACUUCCGAGGUGAAGUGUCUGACACUCUACCGAGGCCUGUGAAGGAGAACGAGCAGAUGUGGGCGAUCUCUGCGCACGUGCGUUCUUCCAGACCGCAGCUGCGACAUUUAAUGAAGGGAAUCCUCGGAGAAGGGUCCGGUCGCCACUACGUCAAGCCUCUCGUAGGAGGAGCUGGAUGGUGUCAGGGGUUUCACACGGGGCAAGGCUUCAGAGCACCGAUGAAGUACAUUUUGGUUACGGGAGGCGUGAUCUCCGGGAUUGGGAAAGGAAUCAUUGCCAGCAGCAUCGGGACCAUCCUGAAGUCCUGCGGGCUGCACGUCACCUCCAUCAAAAUCGACCCGUACAUCAACAUCGACGCCGGAACAUUCUCCCCGUACGAACACGGAGAGGUAUUUGUGUUAGAUGAUGGCGGAGAAGUGGACCUGGAUCUGGGCAAUUACGAGAGGUUCCUGGACAUCCGUUUAACGAAGGAUAACAAUAUUACAACAGGCAAGAUCUAUCAGUCGGUCAUCAAUAAGGAACGAAAAGGAGAUUACUUGGGCAAAACUGUACAAGUCGUCCCCCACAUCACGGACGCGAUUCAGGAGUGGGUCGUGCGACAAGCACUGAUUCCGGUGGACGGGGAUGGUGUGGAGCCUGAGGUCUGUGUCAUUGAGCUGGGGGGCACCGUGGGGGACAUUGAAAGCAUGCCCUUCAUUGAAGCUUUCCGGCAGUUCCAGUUCAAAGCCAAAAAGGAGAACUUCUGCAACAUUCACGUCAGCUUAGUGCCUCAGCCGAACGCUACAGGGGAACAAAAGACAAAACCCACACAGAACAGCGUUCGGGAGCUGAGAGGAUUGGGACUGUCACCAGAUUUGAUUGUCUGUCGGUGCUCGACCCCCAUGGAGAAGUCGGUGAAAGAAAAGAUUUCCAUGUUCUGUCACGUGGAGCCCGAGCAGGUUAUUUGCGUGCACGAUGUUUGUUCUCUCUACCGGGUCCCUCUGUUACUUGAAGCAGAGGGGGUGGUGGAAUAUUUUAGGCAGAGGCUCAAUCUCCAAAUUCAAACUCGACCACGAAGAUUGCUGACAAAGUGGAAAGAGAUGGCGGACAGGUACGAUCGCACAUUGGAAACUUGUUCCAUAGCAUUGGUUGGUAAAUACACCAAACUCUCUGAUUCAUACGCCUCCGUCAUCAAGGCCCUGGAACACUCCGCUCUAGCUAUAAACCAGAAACUGGAUGUAAAGUAUAUUGACUCUGCAGAUUUGGAAUAUGGCACACAGCAGGAGGAACCAGUUCGGUACCACGAGGCCUGGCAGAAUUUAUGCAGCGCUCAUGGCAUCUUGGUACCUGGAGGUUUUGGUAUUCGAGGUACAGAGGGAAAGAUUCUUGCCAUAUCUUGGGCCAGAAAACAGAAGAAGCCUUAUUUAGGUGUGUGUCUCGGAAUGCAGCUCGCAGUUGUGGAGUUUGCGCGGAAUGUCCUCGGAUGGUUAGAUGCAAAUUCUACUGAAUUUGAUUCUUCUACAAGCCACCCAGUGGUGAUCGACAUGCCAGAGCACAAUCCUGGAGAAAUGGGAGGAACCAUGAGACUUGGCAAGAGGAGAACAAUACUCAAGGAUUCAAGUUCAGUGUUAAGAAGGCUCUACGGGGUUCAGGACUAUGUUGAGGAGCGUCACAGGCAUCGAUACGAGGUAAACCCCGAGCUGAGAAACAACUUUGAGGAUAAGGGCUUCCGAUUUGUUGGGCAGGACGUGGAAGGAGAACGGAUGGAAAUAAUAGAACUGGACGAUCACCCUUAUUUUGUCGGGGUUCAGUACCACCCAGAGUUCACCUCUCGGCCCAUGAAGCCUUCACCCCCUUAUUUCGGGCUGUUGCUGGCGGCUGCAGGAAAACUUCAGAGCUAUUUGCAAAAGGGAUGCAGGCUGUCGCCCAGGGAUACUUACAGUGAUCACAGUGGCGGUAGUUCCCCAGAUUCUGAAAUUGCCGACUUAAAGCUGCCAUCCAUCUCACUACACGAAUAACAUUUUGUCUGGUCGUUGCUUAUGUUCUACCGAGCUGUGGAAAUUGGGACAUUUUUGCUGAACGGUGCAUUUCAUUCUGCAGUGUUACUCUAUCGGGGACUUACCACUUAAGUCCGUUACCUUACUUACUCUGUUCAAUUAGUUCUUGCAGAGCCAGAGCUCAUGGAUUUUUUUGGAUGUAUUUAACAGUUUGCUGUAUUACUGCCAAGCAGUAGGGCUCGAUCAAGGUUACUUUCAUUUACUUUGUUUGAGAUAUAUAUUUUUUAGUUUUCUAUAAAUUUCCAAAAUGCACGUAUUUGGAAGUAGGAAAAAAAAAGCACACAAAUGCAAUCAAAAGUAGAACGGAGGAAGAGAAAACACUGAUCAUGUGAUAUGUAGUGUUUAACUCCCCAACAACCAGUGUUUAUUCUGAAAACUUAAGAGGUUUCCUAAACCCGUCAGCAACUAUUAGACGAAGGCGAUGCGAGGCAUCACUGAAUGGAAGGUUUCCUCCUCCCCCCAUUUGUUAAACAAGACGCUUUAAUGGGCUUUUGUUCAUCCUGACCUUUCUAUCACACGCAUCCAAGACCUUCCUCUUCGAUCGUGCCUACUCCCAACCCCCCCCCCCCGGCUUAGCAUCGCGUCAAGCACUCUGGGACUCUACCCUACGUGAGAGGCGCCUCAUAAAUGCGAGUUGUUGUUGUCCCGCCAUGUUAUAACGCAAUAUUUUGACUCCAUAAAAUUAGACUGUUAUAACAGGGCAUUGCAGCCAUGUUGGUCUUCUCGCUCAAGCUUUUGAGAUCCAUCUAUUUAAGAGUCUCCCGUUAUAUUGGAAUGAAUUAGGGACGAGAGAAAGAGAGAGAAGGGAGCUUUCACUUUGUGGCUGGUUGUGGGACGUUGGCUGCUUCACCUGCGAACAAAAUACAGUCGCAAUGCUUUACGGUAAAUCCUGACAAAAGUGUUUUGAGACACGUUUCAUCCCCCCCUCACCUUGGUGUGAAAGGCGCUGUAUCAAAUGCAAGGAUUAGAAGCAAAAGUGGCUGUAACAAACAAAACAGUGAAUAAAUUUUCUCUCUCUAUCUGCUUGCCUGCACCUCAUUUCAAGCAAACCUCGAGAGGGAGAGCAGCAGACUUGAGCCUGUGUGAAAAAUGUAACUACUGUACAUGUGUUUUUUUUUACCUAUUGUGCAAAAGAGAGCAAUAUUGUCUGAUUGAGUGAUUUUUCCAAUAAAUUAAUGGGAAGAAAUCAAAA